AUCCCAGUUUAUUCCCAGUCCCUCCCAGUCCCUCCCAGUUUAUCCCAGUCUAUUCCCAGUUGAUCCCAGUCCCUCCCAGUCCGUCCCAGUCGGGGCCAUGUCCCUGGCCGAGGAGCUGCUGGCGGACCUGGAGGAGGCGGCGGGGGAGGAGGAGGAGGAGGCCGAAGGCUCCGAGGGGGGGGAGGGGCCCCCGAUCGAGGAGGUUCGGGAGGAGCCGGAGCCGGAGGGCGGCGACAGCGUCCGGAGCAUCGCCAAACUGUGGGGGUCCCGAGGGUUUGCCGAGAUCAUGCAGAAGAUCGAGGAAUACAUCGGGAAGCAGCCGCGGGCGGCCGAAGUUUUGGGGCCGGUGGAGGCGGCGCCCGAGUACCGGGUGAUCGUGGACGCCAACAACCUGACGGUGGAGAUCGAGAACGAGCUCAACAUCAUCCACAAAUUCAUCCGGGACAAAUAUUCCAAACGUUUCCCGGAGUUGGAGUCGCUGGUGCCCAACGCGCUCGAUUACAUCCGCACCGUCAAGGUGGGCCCCAAAAACCCCCAAAAUUACCCCAAAACCCUGUCGGAGGAGGAGCUGGGGCGCAUCGAGGACGCGUGCGACAUGGCGCUGGCGCUGAGCGGCGCCAAGCUGCGCAUCCACGAGUACGUCGAGUCCCGCAUGUCCUUCAUCGCCCCCAACCUCUCCCUCAUCCUCGGCGCCUCCACGGCUGCCAAGAUCAUGGGCGUGGCCGGGGGUCUGACGCCGCUGUCCAAGCUGCCCGCCUGUAACAUCCUCCUGCUGGGCGCCCAGCGCCGAACGCUCUCGGGCUUCUCCUCCACCUCCGUGCUGCCCCACACCGGCUUCAUCUACCACAGCGACAUCGUGCAGUCCCUGCCGCCCGUGGGCUACGAGCUGAAGGAGGAGAUCGAGCGCAAGUUCGACAAGUGGCAGGAGCCGCCCCCGGUCAAGCAGGUGAAGCCGCUGCCGGCGCCGCUGGACGGGCAGAGGAAGAAGAGGGGGGGCCGGCGAUCAAGGAGGGCACCUACCAGGAAAACCCGGGCUUCAAUCGAGGAGGACGCCUACCAGGAGGACCUGGGCUUCAGCCUGGGACUCUUAAAUCCCAUUUUAACCCCAUUUUAA